CGCCGCCUCCCGGCCAUGCGGCCCCUGGGCGCUCCGCUCGCCCUGCUCUGCCAGGUGCUGGGUGCGUGGGCUGCCUGCGCCCUGGCCCCGGAGCCCGUGGCAGCCUCUGGGCCGCCGGCGCCCCCGCAGCGCUCCCGCUCGCCGCCGGCCCCGCCGCCCCUCGCCCCCGGCCGGCGGGCGGCCGCGGCGCUGCCCGGGCGCGGAGCCCUCGCUGGCGGCGGAGCGGCGGGGCCGGGCGGCAGCUGCGCGCCACGCGGGGCCCCGGGCACCGGGCGACGGCGGGCGCGGAGCAGCGAGCCCGGGGCGGCGGCGGGGAGGGGCGGGCCCCGCUGGCUGCCCCUGAACGGCUCGGCCGGCGGCGAGGGCAGCGCCGGGGGCCGCGGGAACGCCACGGGGCGCCGCGCCCGGCUCCGCAACCCCUUCUACCCGCUGACCGAGGAGUCGUACGGCGCCUACGCCGUCAUGUGCCUCUCCGUGGUGAUCUUCGGCAUCGGCAUCAUGGGCAACAUGGCAGUGAUGUGCAUCGUCUGCCACAACUACUACAUGCGGAGCAUCUCCAACUCCCUGCUGGCCAACCUGGCCUUCUGGGACUUCCUCAUCGUCUUCUUCUGCCUGCCGCUGGUUAUCUUCCAGGAGCUCACCAAGAAGUGGCUUCUAGAAGACUUCUCUUGCAAAAUCGUCCCGUACAUUGAGGUGGCCUCUCUGGGCGUCACCACCUUCACGCUGUGCGCUCUCUGCAUCGACCGCUUCCGAGCCGCCACCAACGUGCAGAUGUACUACGAGAUGAUCGAGAACUGCGCCUCCACCACGGCCAAGCUGGCUGUCAUCUGGGUGGGCGCGCUGCUGCUGGCCCUGCCCGAGGUGGUGCUGCGCCAGCUGGCCACCGAGGAGCCCGAGUACAGCGGCAGCCCCCCGGGCGAGCGCUGCGUGGUGAAGAUCUCCACGGCCCUGCCCGACACCAUCUACGUGCUGGCUCUCACCUACGACGGGGCGCGGCUCUGGUGGUACUUCGGCUGCUACUUCUGUCUGCCCACCCUGUUCACCAUUACCUGCUCCCUGGUGACAGCCAGGAAAAUCAGGAGGGCAGAAAAAGCCUGCACGAGGGGGAACAAGCGACAGAUUCAGCUGGAAAGUCAGAUGAACUGCACAGUGGUGGCUUUGACCAUUUUAUAUGGGUUUUGCAUCAUUCCUGAAAACAUUUGCAAUAUUGUGACUGCCUACAUGUCCACAGGAGUCUCUCGACAGACUAUGGACCUCCUCCAUCUCAUUAGUCAGUUCCUUUUGUUCUUUAAGUCCUGCGUCACCCCAGUUCUCCUGUUCUGUCUCUGUAAACCUUUCAGCCGGGCCUUUAUGGAGUGUUGCUGCUGCUGCUGUGAUGAAUGCAUCCAGAAGUCUUCCACGGUGACGAGUGAUGACAAUGACAAUGAGUACACCACAGAGCUGGAGCUCUCCCCAUUCAGUACCAUCCGUCGCGAAAUGUCGACUUUUGCUUCCGUGGGGACUCACUGUUAAUUGACCUUAGGACUUUAUUUCCUGCGUCUUUUUCCUUUUUUUUACUUCAUAUUUUUCUUCUUGAAGCAAAAUGCAGGAAAAAAAAAAUCACUGUUAAAAACUACUCUUCAAACCAAUCUGUAUUAACAGUCAUGCUUUGGAAAAUAAUUUCUUUGGUUAUUAAAAGGAAAGAGAGAGAAGGAGAGCCAGCACUUGGUUUUACAUCAUGAGAUUUUGUGUGGUGCUAGGAUUUCAUUGGUUGAGGAGGAGGAUCCAUAUCAAUCUGCUUUUAUUUAAUUCUGUAGUAUUUUUUUUGAUAGUCACUGUAAAAUGUUUAUAUAGACAUUGUGGGCUUUGCAAGGUGUUUUCAUGUAAAAGAUGUGGUGGAAAGUAUUUGAAGGUAGUUUUAAUCAAAUUACUGUACACUAUUUUGAGAGGACUUGAGCUUCAGAGAAUUUAUAAAGUAGCAUAAAAAUAAAUGAGGUUUUAUUCUUUAACUUGAUUGUCAAUCUACAUUUAACAAAGACACCUAUGAGUAGUAUUAAAUUCCUUUAAUAAGUAAAAAAAACCCCUUUGCGUAUCAUAAUUUAGGUGGCCAUAUUUAAUUAACAUUUGAGUACUUACACUUGAAGGAUAUAAUUAGAGUGUUUAAGGAAGAUGAUUAUAAUGGUAUUAGAUUUCUAGGAGUGGGUUUUUUAAUGUUAUAUUAUGAAGGUUCAAUGUGCCUCAUUGAAAAUUUUCUUCUUAACCUGCAGGUAUAAAAAAAUCUUGAGUUAUUUUGUACUUCUUACAAAGAAACACUCACUUUAUCACUGAAUUUUGUCUUGUGUGAUUUCAAAAUCAAGAUUCUUUUCAGUAUGCUAUUUGUUUUACGUUGAGUUUAUGUCCUCCAUCUCUGUAUAUAUGGCUCCUACUGGCUCCAGUGAGAGUCUCAUUGCAGAGAAAGGCAUUUUUUUGCCCAAGGUUUGCUGACAAUAAAUGUGAGGGACUGAAACAUGUGGAGAGUGAAUUCCUUCUAUUUUAAAACACACUUGGGGCUUGACCUAGAGCCCAUGGUAGUCAAUGGAGAGGUUUCCAUCAAUUUCAGAGAGCUUUGAAUCAGACUGGCAUCUCCUGUUUGUUCUGGGAUGUGUAGCAUGAAUAUUAAUCACGGGGGCUCUGUGUGCUGGUUCAGACCCAUGCUGCUCUCAGAGGCUGCUAUUCACUGGCAGCUCACAGCCCUGAGGCUGGUUUGAGAGCCACUGUGUGUUCUGCUGAUGGCUUCUUGCUGUCCACAGAGUUGUUAAAAUGAGGAGGGUAUGUCAACACUGCCAGCAACAGUGUGAUACAGUAAAAUCCAAAGUUGUUAUAAGCAAGCCAGGCUGGAGACUGCAAAGUGCCUAUCCUUACCAGCCGAGCUUAUAUCCCCACUCUUGGCUGAAGCAGACAUUCUGUUCUUGGCAGGCAAGCCGGCUCAUAUUUGCACUGGGAGCAGCCUGAAGUGUACACACAGGCUGAAGAACUGAAUUUUUUAUAGAUAGCUUGUAUUUUAAUACUAAUUAUAUAAAUAAUGCAGCUGUAUUGAGCAGAAGGAAAAUUUCAUACACUCAUGCUUUGAAAUUAACACUGAAUAUAACUGAUGCAGUGUUACCUCCCUUUUGAUGCCGGCCUCUAUAUAUGUUAAAGAGCUUGCUGUAACUUCUGGAAAGUAUUCUAUUUUUUGUUUGUAGAUUCCAGACUUAAUUUGUCUAAUCUUGGUGAUAUUCUUGGGCAAGCAGUAUUUCUUCUUUUUCUUUACCAUUUUAACCUAUAAUAAUUUCAACUGAAAAAGAAACAGUUGAAAUUAAUGAAUAUUAAUCUAAACAUAUAUGCACAUGAGUUCCUCUUCUGACUUUUGAAUCAGAUACUGGGCCCUAGCAAGGCAGUCUGCUUUAACCACAGGCAUUUGUUUCUGCUUAGAACUUGAGAAAUUACCCAAGUUUUUAAAGCCCUAUUUAACAUGCUCAAUCACUUCUGCAGAUGGCAACUGUCCCAUCCUGAGAAAACCUUUAAUUGACUUGCCUUUGCUUGAUUACAUUUAAUGAACUAUGAAAGGGAUUAAAGAGAAAAGAUGAAAACAAAA